CGAGCCGGCAGGGCCCUCCCGGGGCUGGGUCGCCCGGGGGGUGACGGGAAGGAAGGCCGGCCGGGGCCCCGCGAGCCCGGCUCCGGGCGGGAAGUGGGCGCGGCGCGGGCUCGGCGGUGCGCGCUGAAGGCGGGCGGCUCGGCGGCUGUGGACGAGGAUGGGAGCGGGAACCCCCGGCCGCCCGCAGCCUCUGGGGCCCCGCUGAGGCCGCGGCGGAGGGCCCGCGCCGGGAGCCGAGAUGUGUCUGCGCCUUGAGUUCCAAGGAAUCUCAUGAUGGCGUUGUGAACCCCUCCUCCAGGGAAGAAAACUGAGGAUCAAAGAAGACAAGUUACUGGCCCCAAGUCAUGCAGAAAUAGAUUUAAAACCCAACAUCGGUCACUGCUGCCAGGGCCUUGGUUUUCUCCUCUGCCCACAGGAUGAGCCCCACCCAUGGCCUUGACACAGCUGUCCCCCCCAGGUGGCCUGAGUGUGGAUGACUUCCGGAAGGUGCUCAUGAAGACAGGGCUGGUGCUGGUGGUGCUGGGCCACGUGAGCUUCAUUGCAGCUGCUCUCCUCCAUGGCACUGUGCUGCGCUACGUGGCUGCCCCCCAUGACACUGUGGCUCUGCAGUACUGCGUGGUGAACAUCCUCUCUGUCACUUCCGCCAUCGUGGUCAUCACCGCAGGUAUUGCAGCCAUCGCGUUGUCCCGCUACCUCCCCAGCAUCCCCCUGCGUUGGACAGUGUUUAGCUCAAGCAUGGCCUGUGCUCUUCUCUCUCUGACCUGUGCUCUUGGCCUCGUGGCCUCGAUUGCCGUGACCUUUGCGACCCAGGGCCGGGCACUGCUGGCUGCCUGUACUUUUGAGAGCCCUGAACUACUGGCACUGGUGUCCGACUGUCCCUUCGACCCCACACGAAUUUACGCAGCCAUCUCUGCCCCCUGUGUCCCCACAGAGCUCCAGCCUGUGCCUCUGGGGCAUCUCACUAGUGCUCUGCGUAGCGGAGAGUGUGUUUGCUGUGCGCUGUGCCCAGUUUGCCCACCAGCUGCUGGAACUGAGGCCCUGGUGGGGGAAAAGCAGCCACUGCACGAUGCAGGAGAAGCCAGAGCCCGUGGAGAGCCAUGACCUGCUGAGCUGCACCAGCUCUGAGCUGCUGACCCUCUGACAACUGAUGCCUCCUCGCCAGGCUGGGGCCCUGCAACCAAGUCUGCACUGUGACCAGGCCAGGAUUUCUGGAGGCCACCCAAGAGGGCUCAGUGGCUAUUUGGGGACCUAGGUGGGGCUUCCAACCCCUUCCCACAGUCACCCAGCCCACUGCACUGAAAGGAGACUUUAUUCUGAAGUUAUUAAAAAGAACAGAGAUGCUC